AUGUCUAUGCCCAAUCCUUACGGCCCCAAUCCUCACGACUACCUCUCCAACGUGAACAAGUUCGAGGUGAUUGAAUCCACCUUGCGUGAAGGUGAGCAGUUUGCCAAUGCCUUUUUCACCACGGAAAAGAAGAUUGAAAUCGCCAAGGCUCUUGAUGACUUUGGUGUCGACUACAUCGAGUUGACCUCGCCUGUCGCUUCCGAGCAGUCCAGAAGGGACUGUGAGGCUAUUUGCAAGUUGGGCUUGAAGUCCAAGAUUUUGACCCACAUUCGUUGUCAUAUGGACGAUGCCAGAGUCGCUGUGGAGACUGGUGUGGACGGUGUUGAUGUUGUUAUCGGCACCUCCCAGUUCUUGAGACAGUACUCUCACGGUAAGGACAUGAACUACAUUGCUCAGAGUGCCAUUGAGGUGAUUGAGUUUGUCAAGUCCAAGGGCAUCGAGAUCAGAUUCUCUUCUGAGGACUCCUUCAGAUCCGACAUUGUGGACCUUUUGAACAUCUACAAGACCGUCGACAAGAUCGGUGUCAACAGAGUUGGUAUUGCCGACACUGUGGGCUGUGCCAACCCUAGACAGGUUUACGAGCUUGUCAAGACGUUGAAGUCUGUUGUUUCUUGUGACAUUGAGUGCCACUUCCACAACGACACCGGCUGUGCCAUUGCCAACGCCUACACCGCCUUGGAGGCCGGUGCCAAGUUGAUCGAUGUCUCUGUUUUGGGUAUCGGUGAGAGAAACGGUAUUACGCCGCUCGGUGCCCUUAUGGCUCGUAUGAUCACCGCCGACAGAGAUUACGUUCUUGGAAAGUACAAGUUGCACAAGCUCAGAGACUUGGAGAACCUUGUUGCUGACGCUGUCCAGGUGAACAUUCCUUUCAACAACCCAAUCACUGGUUUCUGUGCUUUCACCCACAAGGCCGGUAUCCACGCCAAGGCCAUUCUUGCCAACCCUUCGACGUACGAGAUUUUGAACCCAUCCGACUUUGGUCUCACGAGGUACAUCCACUUUGCUAACCGCUUGACCGGUUGGAACGCCAUCAAGCUGAGAGUGGACCAGUUGAACUUGAACCUCACCGACGACCAGUGUAAGGAGGUUACUCACAAGAUCAAGUUGUUGGGUGACGUGAGACAGUUGAACAUCGACGAUGUGGACUCCAUCAUCAAGGACUUCCACAACGAGUUGGGCACGCCUCAGUUGAAGCCAUCUAACGGCACCAACGGCAAGGCUGUGCCUGAAUUGGAGGCUGCUGAAGCUGACGCUGAGCCAGCCGCCAAGAAACAGAAAUCGGAGUAA